UUGGAGUGUUUGAGACUCAAUGGAAGUACAAAGGCACAGAAAAAAUGAAGGGGGCUCAGCAUUAGCAGUGGAGGGAGAAGAAUCCCAGGAGAACCGGAUCGAGGAACAAGUUGUUCAAAACAAAACCCCUCGAGAAGCACUGGCAGUGCCACCACCAGUAAGAAUGGCAACGCUUUUUGGACACAUCGAUGCUUACGACGAAUUGUCGGAGCAAUGGUCGACUUAUGUCGAGAGGUUUGAACAUUUUAUUGAAGCCAAUGCUGUUCCCGCUACAAAGAAGGAGGCAGUAUUCUUAAGUGUCAUUGGGGCAACUACAUAUGGCUUACUGCGUAGCUUACUAGCCCCGGAUAAACCCAGCAGUAAAACUUACAAAGAUUUAGUGGACACCUUGGACGGACAUUUCUCCCCCAAGCCCAUAGUAAUUGCGGAGAGAUUCAAAUUUCACAAACGCAAUCAGGAAGAGGGGGAGACCAUUGCACAAUAUGUGGCUGUUUUGAAAAAGUUAUCUGAGCAUUGUGAUUUUGGCGCACAUUUGCUAGAUGCCCUGCGCGAUAGACUUGUUUGUGGGCUAAAUAAUGAGGCUAUUCAAAGGAAACUCCUGACGGAGGAAAAACUCGACUUUAAGAAAGCAGUCGAGGUGGCAUUGGCAAUGGAAACGGUGGCGAGGGAAUCCCUGCAGUGGCGCGUCUUCACCACAGGGUGGCGACAAAUGUUUUCGUUGUGGCAAGAUUAAUCAUCAUGAACGUGACUGCUAUUACAAGGAGCAGCAAUGCCACAAUUGCAAUAAAAAGGGCCACAUAGCUCGGGUGUGUAGGAGCAAAAGGAAUGAAACCAUGCAGGCAAAGUCAAAACAAGACAGUCAAAUAAAACAAAGAAAACACAAAGAUGCAGACAAAGGCAAAAUUCAUAAAGUGACAGCUUUAUGGGAAGCCUAAAGUCGAAGCUGAAAUAGAGCGCCUUCUCCAGCAAGGGGUUAUCUCCCCGGUCCAGUUCAGCGACUGGGCGACCCCCAAAGGUGACUGUGAAUCCAGCCCUGUGUGUUGAACACUACCCAAUACCUCGCAUUGUUUGCGUCCUUGUCUGGGGGACAUCGUUUCAGCAAACUGGACCUUUCACAGGCCUACCUUCAGGUACCGGUUAAGACGGAUUCUAGGAAAUACCUUACGGUCACCACCCACAAGGGCAUGUUCUGCUACAAUCGUUUACCAUUCGGAAUCACCUCUUCGCCCUCCAUAUUCCAGAGGAUUAUGGACCAAGUGCUCCAAGGGCUGCCAAAUGUACAUUGUUUUCUUGAUGACAUUCUCAUCACAGGCCAAGAUGAUGCGCACCAUCUGAGGAAUCUUGAAGCGGUACUGAGUCGCCUUGAAAACUUUGGGCUCCGAGUUCAAAAAGAGAAAUGUGAGUUCUUCAGGAGCUCGCUAGAGUACUUGGGGCACACGAUUGACUCUGUAGGGCUUCACAAGUCUGAUGAUAAGAUCAAAGCCAUUGUAAAGGCAGUUGCGCUCAUCAACUAUUACGCACGCUUUGUCCCGAACAUGUCGACACUUUUACACCCAUUGAAUGCAUUACUCCACAAGGGGGUGCGAAGGGGAAUG